GGGGCCCGGCCCUGCGGCUGGCGGAGGCGCGGGGGCGGCGCUCCCGCCGGCAGCCGGGACUUCCUGUGACGGCCCGUUUCGUGGUCGGAUGGGGCCGGCGGGGGGCGGUGGCGGCGGGGUCGGUCCCUGCCCGCGUCCCGCUCCCUGACGGGCUCGGUGGCCGUCGGUGACGCCGCCAGGCAGCGAUGCGGGCCCCGGGCCCUGGCGGCAGCCGGCCCCCGCCGUGAGCCAGCCGGUGGGGCUGCGCACGCCGGCCCCGCGGGGCGCAUGGAGGCUCCCGCCGCCCGCUGCGAGGUGUGAGUCCCCCGAGGACAGCGCGGCGCGGCCCCGCCAGGAGGGCGGCCCCGGGGCCCCUCAGCAGAGCCGGGAGGGGCUCGGCACUGACACCGGCAUCGCCCCCAGCGCCGGAGCCGCCGCCUCUGAGACAUGAAGAAGUUCUUCGACUCGCGCCGGGAGCAGGGCGGCUCCGGGCCCGGGUCGGGCACCAGCGGCGGCGGCGGCGGCAGCAGCGGCCCGGGCAGCGGCUACAUCGGCCGGGUGUUCAGCAUCGGCCGGCACCAGGUCACGGUGGACGAGGUGCUGGCGGAAGGUGGCUUUGCAAUAGUGUUUCUGGUGAGGACGAGCAAUGGGGUGAAGUGUGCCCUGAAGAGGAUGUACGUCAAUAACGAGUACGACCUGCAGGUCUGCAAGAGGGAAAUCCAGAUCAUGCGGGACCUGUCUGGCCACAAGAACAUCGUCGGGUACAUCGACUCCAGCAUCAACUCUGUGAGCAGCGGGGACGUGUGGGAGGUGCUGAUCCUCAUGGACUUCUGUCGGGGAGGGCAGGUGGUGAACCUGAUGAACCAGCGCCUGCAGACCGGCUUCUCCGAGAGCGAGGUCCUGCAGAUCUUCUGUGACACCUGCGAGGCUGUGGCCAGGCUGCACCAGUGCAAGACCCCCAUCAUCCACAGGGACCUGAAGGUUGAAAACAUCCUGCUGCACGACCGUGGCCACUAUGUCCUGUGUGACUUCGGGAGUGCCACCAACAAAUUCCAGAACCCCCAGACGGAGGGGGUGAACGCGGUCGAGGAGGAGAUCAAAAAGUACACUACAUUAUCCUACAGAGCACCAGAGAUGGUCAACCUGUACAGUGGCAAACUCAUCACCACAAAAGCAGACAUAUGGGCCCUUGGCUGUUUGCUGUACAAGCUGUGCUACUUCACCCUGCCCUUUGGGGAGAGCCAGGUGGCCAUUUGUGACGGCACCUUCACCAUCCCGGACAACUCGCGGCACUCGCAGGACAUGCACUGCCUCAUCCGGUAUAUGCUUGAGCCAGACCCUGAUAAGAGACCUGACAUUUAUCAGGUCUCCUACUUUGCAUUCAAACUGGCAAAGAAGGAGUGCCCAGUGCAGAACGUCCAGAACUCUCCAAUCCCUGCUAAACUCCCAGACCCGGUGAAAGCAAGUGAAGCUGCUGCAAAGAAGAGUCAGCCCAAGGCCAGGCUCACAGAUCCCAUCCCCACAACAGAAACGUCCAUAGCCCCCCGGCAGAGACCUAAAGCAGGGCAGACCCAGCCCAACCCUGGGAUCCUGCCCAUCCAGCCAGCCCUGACGCCCAGGAAGAGACCCACGGCCCCGGCAGCCCUUCAGCCCCAAGCUGCAGGCCCGGCUGCCCUGGGCAGUGCCCAGCCUUCACUCCCUGCCAGCACCCCCCAGCCCAAAGCAGCCCCUCAGCAGCCCCCGGCCCAGGCCAAGGCAGCGCCAGCCCCGGCCCCGCAGGCACAGCCCCAGGUCCCCUCAACACAGCCCCAGGCCACCCCUCAGCAUCAGCAGCAGCUUUUCCUGAAGCAGCAGCUCCUGCAGCAGCAGCAGCAGCAGCAGCAACAAGCUGCCUACUACCAGCAGCAGCAGCAGAUGAUGCAGGCGCAGCAGUUCCCAGGGAUGCAGCAAGGAGCCCCUGCACAGCAGCAGCUCAUGCAGAACUACUACCAGCAGCAGCAGCAGCAGCAGCAGCUGAUGGCCCAGCAGGCAGCCAUGCAGCAGAAGACAGUGGCAGCAGCUCAGCAGAAACAACAGAGCCCGGCCCAGCCCCAGGCCCAGCCCAGCACGGCCCAGCCUGCACAGCCACAGGAGCAGGCCCAGGCGCAGCUGAGGCAGCAGCAGCAGGCUCAGAGCAGCCCGUCUCCCACGGCCCAGGGGCAGAAGCUGGGCUCCCUGACCCCGCCGUCGUCGCCCAAGGCGCAGCGCGCGGGGCACCGCCGCAUCCUCAGCGACGUCACCCACAGCGCCGUGUUCGGUGUCCCCGCCAGCAAGUCCACCCAGCUCCUGCAGGCAGCGGCCGCCGAGGCCAGCCUCAACAAGUCCAAAUCUGCUUCCACCACGCCCUCGGGCUCCCCAAGGACCUCUCAGCAGAAUGUCUACAACCCGCCCGACGUGUCCACGUGGAACCCGUUUGAUGAUGAUAACUUCUCCAAGCUCACAGCUGAGGAGCUGCUGAACAAGGACUUUGCAAAGCUGGGUGAUGGGAAAGCUCCAGAAAAGGUGGGCAGUUCCACAGAGAACCUGAUUCCAGGUUUCCAGCCGGCUUCGUCUGCAGCCCAGGCAGACGCGUUCGGGGGCUCCUCCUUCACCGCCGGGUCAGCUGAAAAAACGAAAGACAUUCUGAGUUUGGACUCUAGCCCUCCUCUUCUGACUGUGCCUGAUCCUUUCAUUCCUCUCCCAUUAUCCGACACGCCAGAAAAACUGAUUGAGGGACUCAAAUCUCCUGAGCCUGCACUGCUGCUCCCCGACCUGCUGCCCCUCGCUGACCCCUUCGGCAGCACGGCCGACGCUGGCAAUGGCAAACCCGACGUGGCAGUGGAGAGCCUGAUCCCGGGGCUGGAGGCGCCGCUGCCCCAGCGCCUCGUGUCCCACAGCGAGUCGGUCGCCUCCACCAGAACAGACUCUCUCACUGGGGAAGACUCUCUGCUUGACUGUUCUCUGCUCUCUAACCCUGCUGCUGAUCUCCUGGAUGAGUUUGCUCCUGUAGCUUUUGCAGCUCAGCCUCACAAAGGUCUGCAGAGGGAUCCAGGCGUGUUCCCAGCUGUAGCUCUUGAGCUCUGUAAAGGAGAUUCUGGCAGUGACGGACUCGCUUUGUACAAGGGUCAGUCCAAGAUGCUGGAGGUGAAAGUGCAGCACAGCUUGGAGUCGGAAUAUUUAGCCAGAGAUGGUCCUUCAAGCAACAGCUCCUUCUACAGCAGUGAAGGAGAGGGGACAGACCAUGAGGGAGAUAUUCUGGAUUGCAGCGGGUCCAGGCCUUUACUGAUGGAUUCGGAAGAGGAAGAGGAGACAUGCAAGCUCUGCCCAGGGUUCCUGCAGCCUGUGCCCAGGGAGAGGCACGAGGCCUCCAAGGGAGAUCCCCACUCCCAGUCCAGAGCAGGGGAGAUGCUGUUCCCAGCCUUCCAGUCGCACACCGGGGAGGCUUUUAACGAACCGGAUGUUUUUGCCACGGCUCCUUUCCGAAGCUCCAGGAAAGUGCCGGAUGAGGGGGAUGUCUUUACCAAAGCUCCUUUUCUCUCCAAGGGCAAUGCGGCUCUGCGACAUCCAGAAGAAGCAGAUGUGUUUCUGAGAGCCCCUUUCACUAAGAAGAAAAGCAUGGAAGAGUUGACUUCCCAUAAGGAGCCGUUCCCAGCACCUGUUUUCCUCAGCCAGGGGGGCGAUGGCCGAGCUCUCCCGCUGUUCCCCAGCCUGGAUUCGGCGGCGCACGGGGUCGCGGCCUCGGCGAGGUCUCAGUAUCCUCCUGCCGGGUUCCCUCAGCCAGGCAGCCUCCAUCCCUGCUCCGGGAGAGCUGUGGAGGCCCAGGAGAGCAUCCCUGCUAAAGGAGGGCUGCCGGAGCAGGGGGACGUGGCUGGGGAGAGGAGCCAAGGCCCCGCGCUGCCCCCGGACGCCGCGCUGGGUGCCCAAGGGAACCAGCCUUUCCGUCCGCAAUCCCUGUCCAAGUAUUCCCGGCACUACAGCCCCGAGGACGGGCCAGGCCUCGAGGCCAAGCCCAUAGCUGCUUACAAAGUGGUGUCUCAGACCAACAGGCAGGCCAUAGCGGGCUCUGUCUCUGUGGUCCCGCUGUCCUCCAGGACUACGGAGCUGCCCGGCGCGGAUCCCUUCUCCUCGGCGCCCUUCCCUUCCAAAGCGGGGAAGCAGAAGCCUUAACGUGCUGGGGGCUGGGGCUGUGCUUCCUGCGGGACACCUCGCACAGCACCUCGGACCUCUGGGUCGAAGUGAAUGACACAGCAAUAUAUAUGUAUAAAAUAAUUAUUAUUUUUGGUCGGAACUCUCUUCGCAGUGAUAGGUAGUGGAACCGUUCUAAGUUAUGUUAGUCCCAAUGCCUGGCUCUCAGGAUCCUCAGAGCCUUUCUCACCUUCCUCCUCUCACUGUCUUCCCCCCAUUUAUUUUUUUAGAUGCUUUUCCAAACUAGUAGUAUUCCAUAUUUUCUGGUCCUGGCUAGAGAAAUGCAUUAUAAGAUGAAUUAAAAGGUUUAUUAAUUACAGAGCAAGUCAAGCAGGACUUGCUAAUGCUCUGGAAAGGACAUGAUUUCACAGGUUAAAGGCUUAUUGUGACUUCUUUGCUGUCAGUGCUAUUCCUGCUGCUCAGCAGCGGUGUGGCCCUGGCAGCUGUGGCUCUGGGUGGGUGUUGGGGGUUGAUGUGCCCACCCAGGCAGACCCUGCAGUGCUCUCUGGGGCUAGGCUGUGCAGGGUGGUGGGAGCAGAGCCGUGGCUCUGCUCUCCCUGGGGUGGGACAUGUGGCAGGGGCCACGCCAGUCAGGGAAGGACUCACAGUGCCUUCAGUAUUGGGAACUCCAGUGAGGCAAUCAGGCUGUUCCUGCUGCUGGAAAAUCGAAUUAUUGUGCAAACAAUCAGGCAAAGCUUUCACUUUUACACAUGUAUUUCCUGUCUGGUCUAUGCCAAAGUGUAGGACCCGGAAAUCUGCUCUUGGUGAAGGAGAGAUGUGUAUUUACAGUAUUAAAAAUAGACCUUUGGGGGAAAUUUAUGAUGCAAACAGCUCCAUAGCUGUGCUGAUGUACCUCACGUGGUGUGACUUGGCCCUGUUAGACGGGUUUGUACUGGCAGAGCUCGACUCAGAGUAAAUUCUGCCUUUUGUUUUCCUGUUGAUUAAGGAUGAACUUAAACAAAAUCCAUUCACUCUCCUUCCGAAGUAUUAUGUUUUCUAUCCCAGUCCCAAAGAGAAGGACAAGUACUUACUGUGUGAGCAGCCAGAGUGUUCAGAGGCAGAAUGCCCCGGGCAGGCACUGGGCAGGCCCAGAGCAGACUGUGCUCCCUGCUCUGCUCACUAGUGGAGGACAGAGAGGAGAGUGGAACCUCCCAUGUUUAUUUUCCAAAAUGCCUGGUUGCAGAAGUUGCCCUGGAUCUGCUGUUUCUGGCCUGCAAAGGUGCUUGUGAGAGUGGACUGGCUCUCCAAGACCUGGUUAUCAGGGCUCUGUGGGAUCCCAGUCCAAGCUCCCAGUCCAAGCUGGAGCCUUGUGCUGAGGGUAAAGGACACACUUUGUGUUUAGGGGUCUCCCAUGAGUGGGUUUGUGGUCUUUGGACGUUUGCAGGGGAAUUGUUGGAGCCGUGGGUUGGUCUCUGAGGUCAGGACUGGCUGUGUGCAGAGCAGGUUCCUCCCUGUCCACUUGCUGAUGUGUUUGUACUCAGAGAGCAAGUCCUGUGAGUAGUGUCCCUCGAGUAGUGGCCCUUGGAGAGAGGGAAGGAUCAGCUGUAGCUCCUCCUGGCUCACUGGAGUCAAACCCUGGGGAGCUGCUGCAGCUGAAAAUAGACUUUGGUGUAGUUUGGAGACGAAAAACCCUGAGACCACCUCCAGCACACGGCUCUGUCCGAGGUCCAAAUAAUAACUGUUAUAGGAACACAGGGGGCACAGAAAAGAUGUGUGCAAAGGCUGCAGAAAAGAGGACAUUGCACAGUCUGGGGCAGACUCGCUGCUCACCUUUCAUCCCAGCCACACAGCAGGAGGAUGGAGGGAUGGAUGGACAGGUGGAUGGAAGAUCCCUGAGUGCUGGGAGGGGACUGCAAAGCAUCUGCAAGUGGGAGUCACCGACUGCUCAGUGUUCCCUUUCCCCUCCCUGAAUUUGAAUCCCCUCCAAAAUAUCUCCAGUUGCAAGAGAUGAGCCAGGUGUUCUGCUGGACGUGGGGUUUGCCUGGAAGGGAGAGGGAAAUGCUUGGGCUGAGGUCUGGGAGCCCUGGGCUGGGGAGGGAGAAUACUGGAAAGCAGGGAGGCCACGUUGGCUUGCACAAGUUCCUGGUGAACAGGUCAGCUGGAGCUUGUGGAGCUUGUGGAGCUGGGAACCUUCUGCCCUGCUCUGCUGCACUCACAGCUAAUAAAUAUUGGUGCAUAGUGGUGGUUUAGGGGCUUUCUGUCCUCCAUCACCACCUCUUGAAAAUAGAAGUACUGUAAAGAAGUUUCUGGGUUUCCCUUGAGAUGUUUAUUCAGCAAAGCUGAGGCUGUUUAUUAUGUUUUGUUGUUUAGUUUUCUGUUUAAAUGUACACCCAAGAGGUGGUUGGUUUUGUUUUUUGUUUUAAAUCUCUGUAUCCCCAAGUUGGUUGUUGCUGGAUGGGAUCAGUGAGAGGCCCCGAGAGUGACUGUGACAGCAAACUGUGAAUUAAAGGAGGGGGAGUGUGAGGGCCCAGAUUUGUCCCAACACCAACCUGUGUCGAAGCCACACUGAGCCAGGAGGCUGCACUUGGCCUCGAGCUCUUAAAUUCACUCAGAAGCUGCUGGAAGGGAGGCCAGGCCUUGGCAGUGUAGGAUGAACCUGUGGAACAGGGAGAUGCUUUGCUGGACCCCAGGUGGGUUCAGGGUGUUCCCUCUGCUCACUGCAUUCAGGUUCUUCCUGCCCUUCAUUUUUACUUGAAAAAUUGCUUUUGGAUAAUUUUGUGAAGUUUCUGGCCUUGCCACGUCCAGGUGCCACGGAGCUGGGGCUGGAGGAGUAUUAGCCUGUCCCCUCUGUGCUCAGACAAAGGGAAGGUGCACUGGGGUGUCUGGGCUCAUUUCCAGCCCUGUUAGGUUGGGUCAGGCUGAGUUUCCAGCUGGCAUUUUGGCAGCUUUUUUGUCCUUCAAGCACUUUACACAAAUUGCAGGCUGACUGUGCCCCAGAGCUCACAAUCCUGCCAGACACAUCCAGUGCUUAAAUGGUUUUAAAUCUCUUCUGGGGGUGGAGGCAGCUCGUUUGUAUCUCUGCAUGUGGCUCAUAAAGUAAUGGGACUUUUGGUUAUGGUCAUAAGACUCAAUUUCAGGGCCUGUUACUCUGAUAUCCUUCUCAUUUCCAGCCUGUGUUCCUCCUAAUCCUGCACUGCCACAGCUGCAGCCUCAGCGUGAUGAGUUAUAAGUGGAAAUUUCAUUUCUCUAGUCUCUGAAGCUUGCUGUUGUAAUGUUAAAACAGGGAAGAAUGAUGCUAAUUGUUUGCCACACAACCAGUGAUCCUGAUGAAGACUAGUACAGCCUCAAUGCAGUGUUUUGAAAUGAGUUUUCUGAAGAGGAGCACUGGUUUCAUCUCUUUAGUAAAGCUGUAGUAAAUUCUGUUCACUGCCCUGGGCCCUCGUGCACGGUUGGAGGGUUUCGCAGGGAUCGCUUGGACAAUCUGGGAUUCCUGCUGGGAGAGGGAGUGGUUCUUGGUUCUCACCCCCUCAAUGCACUUCAAGUCUCUUUUCAAAGUGAUUAAUCAGAGUUUCUGUGUGAAUAGAGCAAGCAGUUGGCUUGGCUCUGUGCUCACUGCCAUGACAUUGGUACAGUGCCGUGGGGGGACCUGGACCUGUGCCCUGCCCGGCUCUGCAGGAUUUUGGGGGCUUUCCCCGUGUCUCCUCUCCCUCCAGCCAGCUCAGCAUCGUCACACCUGGUGUUAAGUUUACAGUUCAGCCUCCUGAAGCCAGCACACACCCAGCCUGGGGUGCACACUCUGCCUGGAGCACAGAAGUGAUGCUGAGCUCCGACCCCUGUGAGCAUCGUGACACAUCCCGGAGCGCGUCCUCGGUGGGACAGCAGCAAACUGGGUGGGAUCUGCUCAGCUGCUGAACUGUCAGUCACUCCAAAGUGGUAAUCGGUUACUUUAACUCAGCUUCCACCAAAGACUCUUCUGUUGGGGAGUUGAAUUUUUGUUGGUUUUUUGUUUGUUUGUUUGUUUUCCUCGUGGUGUUAAAUCAAGGCCUUUAAGCACACCGACAGACUCCAAAGCAUUUUUACAGUAGUGUCCUGACAGUGAAAUCUCAGUCCAGUUGGGAAACACAUUCCUGAAGUCUGAUCACAGCUGCAUUAGUGUUUCUAAAAAUAAGCCACGGCCUGUAGUUUCCAUUGUAGAUGGGUAAAUACCCUCACACACACCUAGAAAUGCUCCCUGUGAAGCUGGAGGGAUAAUGUUGAUCCAGUGUUCCUGAUCCCUCCCAGGGAUGGGGUGGGAGGGCAGGGGGCUCACUUGGGUGUAGGGUGCAGUGGGUAGAGCACCCUCACCCAGUCCAGGAGCGAGGGAAGCUCCCUUGUUCCCACGUGGAGUGGGAAGGGGAGCUGGGAGUGUCGGUGGGCCCCUGACUGUGACACACAACCUGACUCGUGUCCCACGGGCAGAGUUUCCCCUCUGUGUGGUCCCUGAGCGGCCGUGGAGCCACCUCAGCCUGGCACAUCAGUGGGGCCAAGUUUUGCACUCCAGGUGGGAUCAUCUGUUUCUGGUAAUCAUGAAGAAAUGUUUGACUUGUAAACUUCUGUACAUUUUAUUAAAACACUAUCUGAUGACACUA